AUGAAGGACCGGCUUGCAGAGCUUCUGGAGUUAUCCAGGAGUUAUGACCAGCAAUUCCCAGACGGGGACGAUGACUUUGACGCUCCCCACGAGGACAUCGUGUUCGAGACUGACCACAUCCUGGAGUCCUUGUACAGGGUCAUCCAGGACAUCCAGGAUGAGAACCAGCUGCUGAUGAUCGACGUGAAGCGCCUGGGGAGGCAGAACGUCCGCUUCCUCACGUCCAUGCGGCGCCUCAGCAGCAUCAAGCGCGACACCAACUCCAUCGCCAAGGCCAUCAAGACCCGGGGCGAGGGCAUCCACCAGAAGUUGCGCUCCAUGAAGGAGCUGAGCGAGCAGGCGCAGGCCCGGCACGGCGAGAACUCGGCGGUGGCACGCAUCUCGCACGCACAAUACAGCGCGCUGACCCUCGCCUUCCAGCAGGCCAUGUACGAGUACAACCAGGCCGAGAUGAAACAGCGCGACAACUGCAAGAUCCGCAUCCAACGGCAGCUGGAGAUCAUGGGCAAGGACGUGUCGGGCGAGCAGAUCGAGGACAUGUUCGAGCAGGGCAAGUGGGACGUGUUCUCCGAGAACCUGCUGGCCGAUGUGAAGGGCGCACGGGCCGCGCUCAACGAGAUCGAGAGCCGCCACCGCGAGCUGCUGCGGCUGGAGGGUCGCAUCCGCGACGUGCACGAUCUCUUCCUGCAGAUGGCUGUGCUGGUGGAGAAGCAGGCGGACACGCUGAACGUCAUCGAGCUCAACGUGCAGAAGACCCUCGACUACACCGGUGAGGCCAAGGCGCAGGUGCGCAAGGCGGUGCAGUACAAGAAGAAGAACCCCUGCAGGACCAUCUGCUGCUUCUGCUGCCCCUGCGUCAACUAGCAGCUGGCUUGGGUCUUCACCUGACCCGUGCCAUGAGGGAAACGUGUCCAGAGUGCCAGCCAAAGGCAUCCUGCCCUAGGCCGAGGGAGAGGAUCCCGAUGUCUGCAGAAUUCAGAGCACAAAGAAAGUUGGGGUUGGGAUGCAAGAUUUGGAACCCGGCACUUGUCUAGAAGGAUGAUUGCUAGCAUCCAGUGCAGGCAGAUUCCCACUGGAGUUGUGUGAGGUCAUUAUAAGAUUCCUAGCACUCAGCACCACGGGGAGGAACGUCACUAAGGUCAAUGUCUUGAAGACAAAAGGAGGAAGUCAAAUGAACAUCCGCUAUCAAUAUGAGCACAUUAUCAAAAUUUGUCUUCGUUUGCCUUCUCUGGAAAGUUCCUUGGUGCUAUUCGAUUUUGAGUGGCAUUCACUUCGGUAUUUCUUAGUUCUUUCGAGUGGCACUGACCUUGGGUAAACUGGAUUCCAUUCACUUCUGAUCAUCUAUUUAUGCUGUGUGAGUACUGCCUAUGUGGAAACCUUACCUCGACUCUCUGACCCCACUUAUUAAAACCACACUGGACAUAUACGGUUUCCUUAUCUCUCUCACCUUUUAUAACUUCCACAAGUUAUGUAUAUAUAUACAUACUCAUAUAUAUAUACUCACAUAUAUGAAUAACUUUUCCAAAGAUUUUAAGCACCAAAUACUGAACAAGCACCCAAGUUGAACU